AUGCCAGAAAAGAUUAUCAACUAUAUCCCAGCUGACAAGUUUUUUGAGCUAUUCGAGUACAAGAAAGUUGACGUGCAAAAGGUUAUCCCUGGAUUUGUUCCUGGAGGUGGAGUUAUGUUGAUGUCACCAGCAUUCCAAUCAACACCAACCACCAUUACCACCAAUGAACAGGAGAACAAGUCCGUGAUUUAUUUUGAUCAAGUGCAAUUCAAGUCUACUGAACCACCACCACCUUCACUUACCCAAUCAGUAGCAGCCAAUAAUGUAUACACUAUCAAAUUGGGAAGCUUUGAUUCAACCAACUUUCAACAUACCAAUAAAAAUUUUGUCACUACCAAAUGUUUAAACAGCAACCAAGGUUCGGAGAGAACGGAGGAGGAGGGUUUGAAGGACAAUGAUGAUGUGACUGGUGUCAUUGAUUUCUUGGAGAGUAUUGAAGUCGAUCUGGAUGCUGCUUGUUUGAAUGUUUCCCCGUUUAUUUCCCCAAUUGUUUCCCUGUUCGUUUCCCUCCUGUUUGAUGUUUGUUUGGAUACUGAGACUGAUGAGUCGUUGAGUGAUUCAGGAUUGGAUGAAGAUAUGUAUCACGAGAUGAGAAGAGAAGAUUGCAGAAAGACUGCAAGAUCGCAUUGGUACAAGAAGGAAGAAUCCAGACUCGAAAAAUGCUACUUGUCUGAUAAAUUUAGGACCAUUGGGAUUUCGCUUUUUGAUAGAGUAGCAGACUCAGGUCAUGUUUCUGUUGGUUUUGGUUGUUUAAUUUCCGAAGAAGAAAAGUGGCAACUUGGCAACCAAAAAUUUACCACAGUUUAUGAUUUUGAGCACUACAUCAAUGAAUACUACCAGCAUGACAAAAGCAUCAACAAUAACAAUGCUGUAAUUGAGACCACUGAAACAAUAGCUCCUGGUCCUGAUGAUGAAAAAGAGGAGGAGAUUGAAGGCUACUGUCUUUCUAAAGUGACAUCCUCGGUAUAUUCCGAAUUUGAAUCUGAGUCGGCGAUUGCAGCACAGUAUGCAUCAAGAGAAAGAGAGGUAAUCCAUAAUGACGGCUAUUCCUACGAACAGGACAGUACUGAUUUGGCAUACGAAUUGUGGCUUGAAAAAUUGGCUGUCAAUGAAAAUCGUGGUGCUGUUAAUAGAAAACCCAUUGCAGUGGAACUUAUUUUACCUGAAGACCAGACCCUAGUGGAUGCAUCUGGUGAAGAGGUCGAAGAGGGGCAACAUUUGUAUGAAGAUGGGAAUGCUGUUGCUGAUAACGAGACCGAAAACGAUGCAAUUCCAGAGGGGGAGGAGCUUGAGAUUUAUGAAAAUCCUCGCGACUCCAUCUACUAUUGGGGU